AGGUGGCAUUAUGAGAUUCUAGGGAGCAGCCAUAUUGAUAAGUGACUUAAUGCGCUGUAGAUUUCACAAUUUUUUAUAUUAAAUGCAAUGAUAAGUUAACUUCUCUUUUGAAACCGGAGACGUAACCCUGUUGUGCGUGUUCUGCUGAGGUGUGGAAUUAAGUCAAAAAGUUGCUAUGUAUUUUCACUUAUCUUAAUUAUUCAAACUGCCGGAAAACGUUUACGACAGCGCACGGUUAUCGUAUUGCUCGUUGAACACCUGCAAAACGCCCAGAUCGUGGUGUCAUAAUUGAAAUACUUCAUCUUUAAGAUUGCUGACUUCUCUUUCUUCUGUGAUUUACUUUCUUCGAAGAUAGUUUCCAGUGUUCGUCAAUUCUUUACCUUUGUUCUCAUCAGAAUUUCAAUUUUUGACACUCCUUUGUUUAUUUUUGAUCGGAAACAUUGACGUAGUAAUAUAACAAUGGUCACCAAGGAUGAUGAAUACGAUUAUUUAUUUAAAGUUGUUUUGAUUGGAGAUUCAGGUGUUGGAAAGACAAAUUUAUUGUCACGUUUCACAAGAAAUGAAUUCAGUUUAGAGAGUAAAAGUACAAUUGGUGUUGAAUUUGCUACUCGAAGUAUCCAAGUUGAUGGAAAGACAGUGAAAGCUCAGAUCUGGGAUACAGCAGGCCAAGAACGGUAUCGAGCAAUCACCAGUGCCUAUUACAGAGGAGCAGUGGGUGCUCUGUUGGUAUAUGACAUAGCAAAACAUCUGACUUAUGAAAAUGUGGAACGCUGGCUGAAGGAACUUCAGGACCAUGCUGAUCAGAAUAUUGUUAUUAUGUUAGUAGGAAACAAAAGUGAUUUAAGACAUCUACGUGCUGUUCCUACAGAUGAAGCAAGAGCAUUUGCAGAGAAAAACAAUUUAUCUUUUAUUGAAACAUCUGCUCUGGAUACCACAAAUGUAGAAGCUGCUUUUCAACAAAUUUUAACUGAAAUUUAUCGUAUAAUUUCCCAAAAGCAAAUCCGAAAUGAUGCUGACAAUGACCCUUCACCCGGCGGAGACAAUAUUAAGCCUAUUAGCAUUCCACCAACAGACAGUCCAGACAUGCGCAAGAAACCCUGCUGUCAAGCUUAGAAACUUUAACAAUUGGCCUACAUACAUAUUCUGUGCACUUGUUUACUAUUGAAGUUUUCUUCUCUUGUGGCCAAAUGCUGAAGGAGCACCCUUAAUUUUUAUUUUCUCCCUUACCUACGUCUGAUUAUAUACUUCAGCAUUGAUAUUGGUCUGUAAUUAAUAAUAUAUGAAUGGUGUAUGUUCCAUUUAAAUUGAUUUAAAAGAAAAAAAAUUUAUCCUUAAUUAUCAGAGCGGGUGCAUGCAACCUUAUAAGUUUCGCUAGCGAAUAAAUCACAGUAUGUGCACAGUACUCAGGCUUUGUGCUUUUGAGUACAUAUGAAAUAUAAAUUUAUUAUUGAACUCAUGGUGCAUAGUAGUCUUGUACAAUCUAUAGCUUUAUGUUAGGGCGUCGAGUGUGACUUCAUGUACAGUUCUGAUAUUAUUAUACAUUUUAUUAUACUUGUAUUUGCUAUCUGACAGUUAACACAAGCAAUAUAAAAUGUUACAUUGCGUCCCAAAGGUUGCAUGCGUCUGUUAAACAGGAAACUAUUCUGCUGCGUAGCAUUCGUAUACAUAGUUCUGUGUUCAUACAUUUAGAUUUCUUGCGGCUCAUCGACACACUCUCAUCUCGGUCGUGUGCAUGUGUAAUUUAAGAUAAAAAAAUAUUUUUACGAGAACAUCAAAACCUUCCAAUGUUUUCCAAUGCUCGCAAUUGAAAAUUCUGGGUCCAUUUCCACGCAAACAUCUUUGGCUGAGGUAUAUGAAAAAGUUUUUUUUUUGUGCUGUUUUAAUUAUUUAAAAUAUAAUCAGAAAUGCUGUACUUGUUAUAUUAAGCAGAUAUGUUUGUGGAGAGCAAUUAUCUAAAAUUAUAAUAUAAUAAUAAAAGUUAUUUAGGACUUUCUAUAUGAAAGAUUUUUGUUAAGAAAGAAUGUUAAACAUAUUUUACAAGCUUUAACCAGCUGCAAGUUCCAUUUUUAUAGAAUACUCUUUUACUUCAGUAAGUUCAUUGCUGAAAUUGCUGCUUAUUCUCGUCCUAAGUUAUAGAAACUGCUUAAAAUUUUAAAGUUAUGUGAUUUAACAGAAAUUUUCAUCUAAUUGUUGCUAUAACCUGUAGUUGUGGUAUUCAAUCAUCUGCCUUUUUUUAUUAUUGAAUUGUUACAGAGUAUGUUUUAAAUAUCUUAAUAUUAUAUAUAGUACACAUUAUGCCUGCACUGGCUGCAGUAAUAUCAUGUGUUAAGAAAUCACCAUUUGUUCAGGAAGAGAAUUUUAGGGUUAUUUUGAACUUAGUGAUUAAAACGCAUAGGUCAAUGAAUGGAAUUUUUUUGAUUAGUAAGAUUUAUUAGUUUGAUAAUUUAUUUACAAAUUGCAUUAAAUAGUAUUUUGUAUGUUUAUCAUUUUUCUUAUUUACUGUUUUAUAAUUGUAUGCAAGAUAUGUAUGUUUUCUGCGCAUUUUUGAAAUAGUUAACCUAAAAAAAUGGAUUUUAUUUUGACAUAUCCAUAUAACAGUAGUAAAUAAAAUACAUCACUUCAGUAUUUGGGAGAAUAAAGUAUGAAUAAAAUCUGUUUCUUUUGCUUGUUA